AUGUCACCAGCACCUGAUCUAAGUGAUGAAACCAUGAUUUUGAGUCCACCUCUUAAUGCAGCGGUUCUUAAUGUAAUUUCUUCAUCUGAUGAACUUGAUCAUAAUCCAUCUAAUGAAAAACCUAUCGAUCUUGGUUCAUUAACGAUCGAUUCAAUGGAAAGUAUUAAUUUACAUGAUGAUAAUGAGCCCCCUAUAUUAUCCAAAGAACCUAUGGCUCCAUUCACAAUUUGUUCAGCACCGUCCACACCAACAGGUGAACGUGAUCCACCAGUAAUAUUUCGACGAUCAUCAGUAACAGGUACUACAAGCAAUGAACCAACUGUAGUUGAAAUUAAAUAUCAAGGUGUUACGAAUAAUGUUGGUAUGAAUAGUGUUGGUACGAAUAGUGACGAUAGCAACGGUUUCAUUGAUACAUUUUUGGGUUGUUUAAAACCAAUAUUUUCUGCGGUAAAUAAAAUUGGUGAAAAUAUUAAAUCUAGUAGAGAUACAGCAAAUGCAUCAUUAAAACCAAAUGAUGGUUGGGAGAUUCCAAUUGAUAGUAUUAUGAAUGAUUUAAAAUUUAUUGGUACUGGUAUUGAAGGUAGAGUUUAUCUUGGUAAACUCAACGGGCAAAACGUGGCAUGUAAACAAGUCAAAACCGAGGCAGAAACCAAUAUAAAGCAUUUAAGAAAAUUAAAUCAUGUUAAUGUUAUUAGAUUUCGAGGUGUUUCUGUAUCAGCACCAUUAUUUUAUAUUGUUAUGGAUUAUUGCCCAUACGGCUCAUUAUAUGAUGUAUUAAAAAGACGUCGUGAAAUCAAUUCUUGUACAAAACCAACACAAGUUCUAGAUUGGUCAAAACAAAUUUCUAAUGGAAUUAAUUAUUUGCAUGCAAAUAAAAUUGUUCAUCGGGAUUUAAAAUCACCAAAUAUUCUUAUUGCAGAAAAUCAUGUUCUAAAAAUUUCCGAUUUUGGUACAAGUAAACAGUUGGCCAAAAAACAAGGUCAGAUUAUGUCAUUUAAUGGGACAACAGCUUGGAUGGCACCUGAAGUUAUUCGACAAGAGCUUUGUUCAGAAAAAAUUGAUGUUUGGUCGUUUGGUAUUGUUCUUUGGGAGAUUUUAACCUGUCAAGUACCAUAUCAAAAUAUAGAUCCAAACGCAAUUUUAUGGGGUGUUGGUAAAGGUAGUUUGACAUUACCGAUUCCAUCAUCGGCUCCUGAAGGUUUUAAAUUGUUAAUGACGAUGUGUUGGAAUCAACGGUCAGUAAGCCGGCCAUCAUUUCAACAGAUAAUCAAACACUUAAAUAUUAGUGAAUCAGAAAUAGUUUUAUUUGAGCAAGAACAAGAGUAUGUUGAAUUAACACGCAUAUGGUCUGUUGAAAUCCAUGAACAGUUGGCACGCUUAGCAACUAUUGAUAUAUCAUCAACACUGAAUAUGAGUAAUGAUGAAUUAAUGAAAAAACGCAGAGAAGAAUUACAACAUAUUGCUGAUAUACGUUCACAUUAUCAAGCAAAAUUACAGGACGUUAAUUCACUUUACAUUGAAUUAUCGUCAUUGAUGAUGCAAUUACAAAAACGCGAACAAGAAAUUAAGAAAAAAGAACGAUUACUUAAUAUUCAGCAUCAUUCGUCGUCAGGAAAUACAAAUGCAAAAAAACGAACAACUAAUUCUCUAUCAGAAGCUAGAAAAAGGUCUUUACAAAUAAUAAAAGCCGUGAGCUUUAAUCCGAAAGAUCCGGUUUCGAUAUUACCUCAAAGAUCACCAAAACAAGGAAAUUUAGUUAAAUCAAGUAAUGCAUUGUCGAAUAAUCAGCCAUCCAUUGGUUCAUUCAAUAAUGUUUUAAAUCGUCCAAAUAAUAUUCAAACAUCGCCACCAGUCAUUCCCACAGCAAUAAAUACUCCAGAUACGUCAAGUACUAAAAAUCCACAACGACGUAAAAAAGGUCCUGGUCAUCGUCGUAAUAAUAGUAAAGGAAGUGUAACAUCAUGGACGCCACCAACACUUUCUGCUAUUGCAGAUCAAGAAAUGAAACGUGCUUCUAUACAUCUAAUACCAAGCAUGAUCGAAAAAACUAUUCCCGAAAUUCAAUCAUUCAAUGCAUCAACCGAAAGGAAUUCCAUGACCUCGGUUAAACCGACAGUAUCAUCGAUUUCGGCUGAUAUUGAUUCGAAGCCAAAUACGAUGAGUCGACAGUUAAAUCCAAAAAAUCUUAAACUUGAUCUUGAAACGUCAGCAAAUUUACAAAUGACACCAACAAAUCAACAACGACCAUCAACUACAUUUACUUAUAUUCAACGUAAAUCAUCCAGUAGUGAUCCCGAAGAUUUUUAUGAAAAUGACCAUCAUAAUAUUGCUCGACAGCGUCGACGACGUAAUUUGAUUUUAAAUAAUAAUAAAAUAUCUUCACCAUCAUCAAUAACACAACGAUCAAUUAAAUCAAAUACAGCCGAUCAACAAACACCACAAAUAGAUGAGUUAGAAAAUAAUAAGCACUUAAUUGAGAAUAAAAAUGAUAAUGACAAAAUAAAUGAUCACCGUAAAUAUCCACGAUCUGUUAGUUUUCAAUUUUCACCAUCAAAUACACAUGAUCGUAGUCCAUCCUACCAACAACGAAAAACAUUUAAUAGACAUAUACCUUACAGUUCAUCAGAAGAAGGCGAAGUUGAAGAAAUUCCAAGUGAUCAUUAUAUACUCGAUGAUGAAAAACAUCGAGCUAAACAUGAAGAUUUAAAUCGAGAAUCAAAUGGUAUAUUUUCAUCUGAAAGCGAAAUCUAUAAUGAACACAAUAAACAUUCGGUAUCAUUAAAAAAUGAAGGCACUUUCUCUGAUGAAGGUGGUCAUCUAUCUGAUGAUCGACCUGCAUCACGUGAAUCACUAGUAAACAGUGACCCAGAACAUGAAUGGCCUAAUCAUAAAUAA